CUCCUCCCUGCGACGGGCGGAGCGCUACACGGGGACUACUUUCGGUCGGCCGGUCCCUUCCAUUUUCUCGGCUUCUCCGAGCGGACUCGGCGGCUUUUCCGGGUUCGCCUUCAACCCUGUUAUUGUGUGUGUGAGAGAGGGGGAGAAACCCGCAGCCACCAGCCCCGAACCCCGCACACACCAUAAACACACACCACAACAUGGCUCUGAAAAGAAUCCACAAGGAAUUGAAUGAUUUGGCCCGUGAUCCGCCAGCACAGUGUUCAGCAGGUCCGGUUGGAGAUGACAUGUUCCAUUGGCAAGCCACAAUAAUGGGGCCGAAUGACAGUCCCUAUCAGGGUGGUGUAUUUUUCUUGACAAUUCACUUUCCCACAGAUUAUCCCUUCAAACCGCCCAAGGUUGCAUUUACAACAAGAAUCUAUCAUCCAAAUAUUAACAGUAAUGGCAGCAUCUGUCUUGAUAUUUUACGGUCACAAUGGUCCCCAGCAUUAACUAUUUCAAAAGUUCUUUUGUCCAUCUGUUCACUGUUAUGUGAUCCAAAUCCAGAUGAUCCCCUAGUGCCUGAGAUUGCACGUAUCUACAAAACAGAUAGAGAAAAGUACAACAGAAUAGCUCGGGAAUGGACUCAGAAGUAUGCAAUGUGAUUACAUUAAAAUGUUGACGAACCUCUUAAAAUACAGCUGGGGGAACUUGCAAAACAAUUUUUUUUGGUUUCCAUUUGACUGCUUUCUUUGAGCCCACGCCUCUCCCCUGUGCACAUGUUCACCUGAUCCAGCAGUGCUGCGUUGUUUUGUGUACAUAUUUGGAACAGCUGAUAGAAAUGCCCCUCAAUUGUUUGAAAUUCUGACUACUUACAAAGCAAGUGUUAAUGUCCAGUUCUUCAAUCAUAACAUUGUUUGUGAGACUAAAAGCAUUCCUAGUCAUUGUAACAAGAUUGUUAAAAAUUCAGGGUUUAAGUGCUUCCGGGGAUGCGAACUUUCCCUUUUAUAAAUGUAUGUUGGAAUUCUUUUAAACUCAUAAUGGUUAUGAAUAAUAGAAGGAAGAACUUUAAUUUGUUUAAUGUUUUGCAGUUUUUAUGCUGAAGGAUGCAAAUCUACAUUCUAGUUAAACGUUGGGAUGGAAAGUUGGAAGUCUACACGUGUCCUAUGAAAUUUCAAUUGUCUCCCUCAACAGUUAAAUGGAUUGGAGUUAUUAGUUAGCCAAUCAUUCAAUUUUCUGUUACCAUUUUGGUUUAUAUUUGGCUUGCAGUGAAUGACUUGCUAAUAACUCUAAUUUUCUUUUUUGUUUUUGUUAACUAAUCUUAGCCUCACCAGGAUGUAAGGAUAAAAAUUCAUGACUGAACUUGUGUAUAUUUAAUGACCCAAAGGCUCUCCUGGAGCUUGUAUGUUCAAAAUGAUUAAUCUGUGUAAUAAACUGAUUACUAAAGUCAUUAAGUAUUUCUCUGACAGGGUACAAGACAAAUUGAACAUUACCACGUUGUGAACCUGCUAGCAAGUCUGAGUGUUUCUUUAAAAAAAUUAGCAUCUGGCAACUGAGACUGUGUCUGCAUUUGUAUUUUAAGAUUCUGUUUGCAUUAUCCAGAUUGCUAGGAACCAUCUACAUGUAGUUUGAUAAUCCAUAAUCAAGAUUUGUACCUCAACAGCUAAAAGUUGGUAUCUAAAACAUAGUUUAUUCUGAGUUAGCCUAUUAAAUUUGACACUGGAUCUAUUCCACCAUAUAAUGUCAUCUUUCUUGGACAAUUGCAUAGCAGAUGGUAUUAGGUAUUACUGCGUGACACUUGCAUCGCAAAACUUCGAAAGGAAGUAGGUGUGUAAUUGCACCAAUUUUGCAGCUACACAUGAAGCUCUUAUGAAAUAAUUUAGUUUGAUGUUAAACUGAUCUGCAUUAGAAAUUGACUUUGCCCAAAUGUACCCUGCAUGUUCACGUAUUAUUUGUUAGAUAUUCUUCAGCUGUCGUGCACUGAACUUGCUGUCCUUCAGAUAAAGCUUCAAUCUGAA